AUCCGUAGAUGGGUUUGAUGUAUUUUUGUACUAAAUUGAUUUAUCUUUUUUUUAGCACAAAAUCUGCACUAAGAUCGCUGAUAAUUAAGACCAAAGGCUUUAUCUCGGGGACCAAGACAUGCAUUUCAUGAAUUUUUGGUGACGACGUAUUUUGAAGUCGGGACGUCGCUGGUUCUGCUACCAGAAAUAGUUCCUUUCGUUGAUCUUGUGCUGACGUGCUUUUGUGUAGAGAAAAUGAAAUCAUGCAUAACCGUACGCUGGUUUGAAAACAGCGCUCUCGGGUACAGAAAUGUGCCUGCUUUAAUUGCGAAUCGAGUUCUUAGCGCGUCUCAUAUACAAGGGCCACCUCAAUAUCUCUUUUAUUUGGCGAGAUACGAAAAAUGUGUGAAAUAUAAUUUUAUAUGAUAUUACGAUGUUAUCCGAUCGCAUACUAAAACUUCCGGCAUACCUUCCGGUUUAACCGGAAAUCAAUGGCACUUUUGUUUUUCAAAUGCAAUGCUUAUGUUUUUUUACGAUAUUUGAGAAGAGUAAUCAAUUUGCGACAACAUAAAAUAUGCAUAUGGUUGAUAUACAAAAAAUAGAAACAUUAUAGUGAUUCAAUAUGUAGAAAACUCGUGAAAUCCAACAUGCCUAGUCCAGUUUAUAUUCGUUGUAUUGUUUUUAAUCUUCAUGAACGCAUUUGGAACUGGUGGGCGCGGCGCAGUCCCGUCGAACGCCCUACCAACACUUGGUUGUAAUCGCUCUUGGUCGAGCGCUCGACUCUCUAGUUGCGAGAUCGCGACGGUUCUAGUCGUGACAAGGCGCGACUGCUACUCCCUAGGGCCUAGUGCAUUUCCACCUUAAGUCUUCAUGAAGCGUACGGGAUGCAUAAAUGCACUAAGGAUUUCUUUUGUUUAAGUCUUUUUCGUAUUAUUCGAAAGCUUUUGCGAGUCACGUGUCACUUUAAUGUAUUUGAUGCAGAACAUUCUAGCGCUUUAUGGAUCAUCUGCUGCUACACUUAACAAUGGCCCCACUAUCUAAUGUAAAAUUGCGACACAUCCCCAUCUCACUCGCCGAAGGUUCCCAUUCUCGGACCCCACCGUCGACAGGGAGAGGGUGCGAGUGUGGUGUCCGACUUUGAUCUUAAACGUCGCUCAACAACAUGAACGCUGCUACAACUGCGGAAAUCGACUACUCUUUACGAAGGAAACAUCAGAUGCGUAUCUAUAUUUGUCGGUGCCUGAAUAAAGACUCAUCUAAAUUAAUGAAGUUGCGCCUCUUUAUAAUUCUCACUCAACGAACGCGGUUUAUGGCGCGGAAUCGGUUACCGAUAGAGGACCAAGCAAGAAGUGAAUUAAGAACUCAAAGGACUAAUCAGUAGAAAUGACAGAUUAGAUAUCGAUAGAUAGCGCAAAUUGUUACACCUACCAUUAUUGGUAUUCUAUUUAAAAUAAGAAAAAGAAAGUAGUUUUAUCAACCCUAUUUAAAACCUAGAGAAGGAAAGAGUCUGUUUAAAACAUCAAAUAAAAAAUGCCAUUUUCUACUUUAAAGACGUAUUUCAAAUAGAUGUAUUCGAAAUAGGUACUGACUUGAGACUUGCUCAUGCCUUAUCACGAUUAGCGCUAUCUCGGUUAAUGAAUCCUGAAUUUAAAAUUACCGCUCAAAAUAAAACGUUACAUGUUGUCAUAGCGAUUUCAAAUUCAAAACAAAUGAGAACCAUCUAUCGACCUUAUUGUGAAUUAUGGCCAUUUAUAACCUUGUUUUUAGCUUUUUAAUAUAAUUUUGUACGUGUACAAAAGGCAUAUUUCUUCAUUUUUAAAACUGCGCAGUGUUUUAACAUGUUAUGUGUACGAAUAACUUAAAACAUGGAAGAUGACCGCAAGAAAAAAGUGGAAGCUGGCCGUGAAAAGCUAACUGCCUACAAAAAGAAAAAAGAAAAACACAAACAUUCACCGCGAAGUGCUUCGGCUUCCCAAAGUGAUACUUCAUUGUCCGCAUCCCCACCCUUGUCAGAAAAUGCACCCAAACAACAUACUGGAGACGUCCAGUCGGAGAGUAGUGUUAUAUCCGAACAUUUAAGUUCACACAGUGAGAGCAUUGAAAAUGAUAGAUCACUUCAAGAAAUUGAGAUAUCGAACGUCCCGUCAAACUUGUCAUUAUUUGAAAACUUGUCGUCCGACGAAAACACAGAACAUAUAUCGCACGAGAAUAAACCCUCACCAUUAGAUUCUAGUAACAGUACCGAUCCACAUGUGAUAACUAAAACGAAUGUAGAUAGUCAAAGUAAUGUACAAAGUAUUUUAAACGAAAUCCUUCGGAGCGAGGAAUUCAAAUCCGAUUCGGAACACACCCUGCACCACACGGAUUCAAACGAGAAUAGCUUUAAUCUGUUUAAAGAUGUUAAUUUAAAUGAUAGUUUUCUUGAGGAGUACGGCACGAAACCCAACGUUUACAGCACUCUCGGGGACACCUCAAAAUUGAAACAGCUCGAGGAGAUUAUCAACGCGAAGGAAACGACAAUCAACGCGUUGACCUCCGAGUUGGAAUCUUGGAGAGAAAUUAACUCGAGUGCUCAAUCCACACCGAGCUUAAACACUUCGACUACAGACUAUAAAAAUUUUCCCGAAGAGUAUUACAAAAAGAUCGUAAAGUACGACGAUGACUUGCAGCAUCGCGACAUCUUGAUCCAACAGCUGACAGAUGCAUUGAAAAGGUCGUGUGACGAACGAGUGCAGCUAGAACGAGACAGCCAGAGUUUGGCAACCGAUAUCGCCGUACUCCAAAAACAGCUAGCCCAUACGUCCGAUUUGCUGGGGAAGAAGAAGGAGGGUGCGUUGGUUCCCAUAAGGGAUUGUUCUGCUCAAACUGACACUCUCGAGCCGGUAGUCACCGGAACCAUUUUGCCAGAUGGUGAUACAACUGAUGGUAUUGGGAUAGACACACAGCAUUUUCAAUCUUCGGACGAACCUCAAGGAGACGAAUCAAUUUUGAACUUGGACAAAGAAUGUUUAUCGCUGGAGAGGACCCUCAAUGCGCCACAGAUUGAGCUGAUGCGAGGGGUUAAGGAGUCUAUCAACGCUUACGUAGAGGCCCAUAUGGGGGAGCAUCACAGAUUACAUCAGCUUGAGUUGAAAAAAUUGGAGAAUAAAUUGGAGAACGAACAAAUGGGGUACGAAGCAGAAAUCGCAAAGCUAAAGGAACUGUUAAAUGGUAUGAAUUGCCAUCCCGACGAUGUCGUCGCACUUAGAACAGAAUUGGAAGCGAAACACGCAAAGGAAAUGGAAGAACUUCGGACUUAUUUUGAGAAGAAAUGCGCGGAAGUCGAAAAAAAGAAGGAUACAAUCUAUUCGGAGGAGGUGUUCAGUCAACAUAGUCGUAAAAUGUCCGAAUCAAGUCUAUGUUCAGAGUCUUUAGACUUUCACUUCACCGGAUCGCAUCUACCUUCAGGCCCAGGUGGCGAUUCCAGCCACUUGCACAUCGAGUUACCGAAAAUCGAGCCACCCAAACCCAAUUUUAAGGCGUUUACAAAAAGCGAUUGCGUCAAACUAAAACAAGACCUAUCGGAUAUUGUGAAAACGCUAGCCGAGUACGACUUAGAACGUAUAAGUCAAGAAGAUCACGCCGAUUUGAUAACGAGCUUGGAGAAGUGCAACCUGCAGCAGGUGUUCAAGUUCGAUCUGUCCGCGUUCAAAAAUAAGUGUAACGCCGAACUCGAAAUUCUAAGGGAGGAUUACGAGAAUCGCAUCGAGGUUCAAAAUACGAAGAACAUGGAACGAAUCGAUUCUCUCAAAUCGGAAUUGGAGGAGGCUUUGCGUAAUGCGGAAUUGAAUAUUCAUACGGCCGUUCAGGAAGUGGCGAGUUCGGGCGAGUUUGAAUUGGAAGAGGUCGUUCAAAGCUAUGAACGUCGAUUGCAGGAACAAGUCACGAUGGCUAAGUUUGACAUAUUGAAUGCUUUAGAGCUCCAAGUGCAGACGAUAGCGGCGGGUACGUGCGACGAUUCGGAGUGGCCCACCGAACUGCUGCAGAUUCGUAACAAAUUCGUUGAAAAAUACGAACGCGAGAUUAACGAACUGAAGGAGCAGCACGAAGAAGAGAUUGCCAAGUUGAAAGAAGACCACUUCAAAAUUCUCAAUGGAACUGUAGAACGAGCCAGACGAAAAAGUUUGCGCGAUGCGAGCGAAAACGAAGCGGAGAUCAUCCAAGAAAGGGACAGUUUACUGAAAACGACAACGUUGCUGCGUCAGUUAAUCGCGCAGCUUUUAAAGUACUUUCGCGAGUGCGAAGACGAACUCAAUAACACUCUUGUGGAUGAAUUGUUGAAGAAAAACAUCGGUCGGAAUCUGACCGAGCUCGAAAUCGAGCUAAAUCUCAACGACGAGUCAAUUUCGCACCUUGGCGGCAAGAAGAGGGUGCAUUUCACACCUAAAGUUGACAAGAUCAUAUCGGCGACACCCGACGGCGACACGAACAUCUCUUUAGACAUGCGAAACGAACUUGAGGCUUGCCUCCAUCGCUUGAAAGCGGAUGCCAACGCGAUCCUCAACUUGUCGUUGACGUUUAACAAACCACGAACGGAUGAUGAGGUACCGAUCGAUUCCACGAAUCGAGAUCUAAGCAUCGAAUUGGAGGAGGCGAAAAAUGAGCACCUUGAUCUUCAACAGCAGAUCGAAGCGGCUAACAAGAAGUUACGUGCGACUUGUCGCUUUCUCGAGGAACAGUCCGCUGAACGCGAGCAGGAGCGGGACGAGGCGCAAAAAGAGAUUGCAUGUUUGCGCGAGCAAAUUCGGGAGCGCGCGAAAGAUCGCGCGAGUUGCGAGCACAUUAGCGAUGAGCAGGAAGAAGACGUAGGUGCUGUUAACUCACGCUGUCGUAACUUCAAGACCAUCUCUGUUUGUAAUGUGGAGCGACUCGAAAUGCAAAUACGCGACAUGACCAAAGUGAUCGAGGCAGGCGAACUUAAGCAAAAUGAAAUAGAAUCCGAAAAGCAAGAGGCUAUAGAGAAAAUAUUCGUGCUGCGCGAUAUAAUUCGUGAUUUGGAAUCGGAAGUCGAAGCGAAGACCGCCCGUGAGGACAAACUAACCGGGGUAAUAUCGGAACUUGAAGAAAUAAUUUCACAACAAACUGCGAGGAGUGAAGACUUAACGAAGCAGUUGGAUGGUCAGUGUCUGCAAGAACACAUUGAUCGGUUAGAAGACGAAGUGCAGAGGUUGAAACUGCACUCGGAGUUCGCUGGUAGUGAAGGCGCCUUAAAACAAUUGAAGUUACAGCUGAACGAUUUUGAAGUUGGAAUCGACGAGAGAACUCGCGAAUUGGAAGGGUUGCUUUUCGUUAUUUCCACGACCAAUUGCAGUUCCCCCUCGGAAGACAUGUCAGUUCGAGAUCAGAUUCGACCACGAACACCAUCCGUUUUGGACGAGUGCGACUUGCCCCUACAGCAGUUGGCAAGGCUGAAAGAAAAACUCAUCAAGCAUUCGCGAGCCGAGGACGCGGCGGUUAAACGGAUUCACGAUUUGGAAAUGGAGGUCGAUAGUGUGAAGCACGACUUAAAUGAGGUGCAAAAUGAACGUGACAUUUUGCAAGAUCAGGUAUCCGAACAUCUUAUACUAAUAUCAUCUCUUCAAAUGAGGUUAGACGAUCAACGUCUUCGUGCCGAACAAGUCCAAAAACAAACGAACACCUCUUUGGAAGUUCGCAUUUACGAUCUCGAAAAUGAGAUCAAGAACCUAAUGGAAGUGAUCACCGCCAGAGAUAAGACGGUGAAGAAUUUAAACAAAACCGUCGAGGAAACGAAAAAGAAAUUGAAAGACCAAGAGUUGGAAUUGAAUACGAAGGUCGACGACGACGUUAUUUGCCAGCUGCAGGACCAAGUGAAAAGGAUGCAAGCCGAAAAUGCGGCGCUUUUGAAACGUAUUAACGACGACGCCCAGAACGCGCAAGUGCUUCCUAACCUCGUGGACAACAUCUUGGCCGAUAAAAACAAGGAUAUUGAAAAGCUGCAGGAGAAAUUAGACAAGACACAAACGCAGCUCAACGACUAUCUCUCUCUGAACUUAGAUCGCGAACAGUUGAAGACGUUAAGCCGACUUUCCAGUUCGGAGCGCGCCCUCAGCGAUAUACUCUCCCUUGUUGAUGUAGACUCGCCGGAAAGACUGCGAAAAGUCGAGAGACAAGCUGAAAGUUUAAGCGGUUCGAUUAAUGUCAUUCCCUAUAAGCAGGCGGCGAACGAGACCGAAGUGGUACCGCCUGCGAGUCGGUUCGAACCCGAAAUCUCCAGGAUCGAAAGGGUGGGCAAGCCGCACCUCUUCUUCUCACUGGAUUCGUCUCUUCCGAAACCGAACAGCACAGAGAUCCACAAGUCGACCGAAAAACGCGUGCAAUUCGAGGAUACGGUGUUUAACGCCGCAAUCGAGAAAUUGCACGCCGAAAUUUUGGAGCAGAAAAACGAGCUUUUCGAAAAGGACGAGCUGAUUAGGGAGUACUCUGACCGGUUGAACGUUUUGACGGAGUUAGAGGCGAACGUGAUCAAAUUACAGGAGAAGCUCGAAGAGACGGAGAACGCGUUGCAGAACGCCUCGUCGAACUUUGAGGCCGAGCUAAAGAAUAUGAAAGACGUUGAGAUGAGCUUACACGUCGAUAUCGCUGAGAAAAAAAUGUUGCUGAUGAAGAGAGAUGAGCAAUUGCAAUUGGCGGAAGAAGAUUCGGUUCGCAAGGACCAAAUGUACAUCAACUUGGUGAAGGAGAAGCGAGAAUUGGAAAAGGCGUUUAAUCAGCUGCAGAAUGAAAUGGAGCAGCUUCGUGGCAAUACUGAGGAGAUUACCAAUUUAAAAUCGCAAAUUACCGAAAUGGGGGAUUCACUGUCAAAGGUACAAGCUUUGGAAACCGAAGUGAGUGUGAAGCAAGAGGAAAUUGCAGCACUCGAAAGUAAGGCUUCUGUACUGCAAUUAAAGUUGAAGGAGUUCGAACUACAAAUGAAGCAGAAGACGGAGAUUACAGAGAAAUUGCAAAAGGAUUUGGCUAAUAAGGAAUCCCAGAUACGUAUACUAUCCGAGGAAGUGCAAACUAAGACUAAAGAAGUGGAAGCGCUUCAGCGUGACUUGCAGGACGAACAGAAGAAGCUCGCUUCUGAAUUUGAGGUUCACAUAAAAGACUUGAAGAAUCUACUGAUUGAUCGCGAAACUGAAAUUGAAAUUCUGAACGAGGACGCUCAACGUUACCAAGACGACAUUUCCAAACUGGAAGACAGACUGAAAUCGUACAAGGCGGCCACGAAUCAGGAACACGAAUUGAAACUUUCGCAGCAUGUUCGAGACAUAGCGGCUAAAGACCUUGAAAUUGUCAAGCUAAACAUCGAACUUGACGAUACCAACCGAACGGCCGGCAAUUUACACGAGGCACUCAAAGAGAAGGAGAAGGUUAUCGACCAAAUGAGCGAAGACAGCAAGAGCUUGCGGUUCAAUUUGGAAACGAUCCAAAAUAAAAUGAAGGAAUCUGGGAACGUGCUCGAUCUGAGGCGGCGCUUGGAGGAGGAGAGACGGCUAAAUCGUAUUUUGCAGGAGCAACUGAAAGCGGAGAUCGCCAAUCCGAAACCAGUCGAUAUGACGGCCUCCAUCGAGGAAAUCACGGGCGAAGUUCGCAAACAGUUGGAUUAUUCGGCCGAGCUGGAUUCGAGUAUCUUGAGCGCGCUUGAGAACAGCGAUAGGGAGGACGGAGACGAUCUUCGGUUGCUCAGGCAGAAUAUUGCUAAAGAAAAGGCGCUCAGAGCCGAAUUGAACAACUUAAACAGCGUUCUUCAGCAGAAUAUCCACGAGCUUCAAACUAAGUACCGAGACGCGGAGGAGAAGAUUAGUAAUUUGCAAUCUUCGUUGGCCAAUGAAAAACAGGCGCAGUUGGCAGAUGCGAAUAUGUUGGAGCAGCUGCGCGAGAGGCUCAGGAUUGCUUUGGAUAACGAGAACGCGUUCGCCAACGUGUUGGAUAACGAGAAGCAAAUUCGGCUUCACCUAGAGGAGCAGGUGGUUAGUUUGAAGCGGAAACUGAACAGUCUUAGUUCCGGAGAGAAUUCGAAGACUGAAGUGACCGAGUACAAGUCACUGCCCACUUUGGAGACGAUGGAGCUCAAUCGAUUACGGGGUCAAGUCAAAACGCUAGAGGAAGAGCUUGCCUGUCUACAUUCGUCCGUUAAAGAUCUUAAAAGUGACAAGCUGAAGAACAGCGCCACCUUAAAGUACACCAAGGACAUGCUGGACUUUAAGAAUUCCGAAAUCGAAAAACUACAAGCUCACAUCGGCGGCCUGAAGGGGGACGAGGUGGACGUACAGCAGAAGUGGGCGGCGUGCAAGGUCGAACUGGAGCAUAAAACUAGGGAGCUCGAGAAUAGUCGCGCGUUAAUCGGCGAAUUGGAGUCGGAGGAGCGCCAGAUGAAGGAGCAAAUCGAAAAGUUGAAUAAGAAGUUUGCCAAGGCCAUCGAGAGGGAAAAGAAGCUGAUGGCGGAGGUGCAGGGUGAUCAGUUGAAGAAGACUGUUCCGGAUCAGUUUUUAAAUAAAAUGAAGGACUUGAAUGAAAUGGUGCAAAAGCAUAUUAAGGAAAAUGAGCAGAUGGCGAAAGUAAUUACAAACCUCAACACCGAGAGGUCCGCGUUGCAAAACAGAAUUAUGGAAUUGGAGGAGUUAAAUCACGUGAAAUUCCCCUUCGAUGAUCCUGUCGAGAGGGCCAAUCAGUUGUUUGCGAAAUUUCUACGAUCGGAGAGCUAUCGAAAAGCGUUGGUGUGGCAGAAGAAGUACAUUGUGAGUUUGCUCGCAUCCUACCAAAACCAUCCGUUACCAUUCGAAAGCGCGACAGUUACCCCGGCCUAUGCGAGAUUGAGCGGUAGAAGACGAUUUAGGGCGGUGAUUGCCUGCAUUAUGGCGAUGAUUCGGAUGCAGUUUCUAGUGCAAAGAUGGCAUUCGGGCGUACGUGGGAUCGUUCGCAUACGUAACCGACAACCGAGAAUAAUAGCGAUGCCUUACGCCCCCGUGUCCAGUUCCGCUGCGCAAUUUCAAGUUGGUCAGCCAGUGUCUAGUCAAAACUUCCCAUUUCAAAUUAUUUCACCUGUCUAUUCCCAUCCAGUAUUAGUUCCUAGUACAAGUCGACAUCGCGAUACCUCGACUGGCGAUUCUGACGGCGGCGCCAGUUCAGAUCCGAAUCCGUGGUCCGGACAGACACCUCCCUCGAAAGAUUAUUGUAAGGGAAGGGGAGGUUUCAGUACAAAACCACUAAGUUAAUGUGCACUGUAAUUUUAAAUUUGUACAUAUUAAUCUAAGCGAGUAAUUUUUAGAGGACGUAAGUUGUAGCAUUUUUAGCCUAAGUGAACUUAAACAUGACGAGUAACACAUCGACCAGUUUAGACUGUAAGUUCAAGCGUGUAUAUUGUGAAUAUUUUUUAUAGAACCUACAGUAUUUUUACUCAAUUAGUUUGUUGCUCAAUUGUUUUAAAUGCGAAAAUUAGCUCAAGGCGUUAUUGUGUUGAAUGAUGGCCGGACAUACUGGAACACUUGCUGCGGUUGAAGCAAGACAAUCUGCAACAAACACCAAAAAUCCGCUGCAGAUUGCCGGUAGUAUGUUUGUUCGGCCAUCAGUCGCUUGUGCUCAAUCUGCAAGUAAGAAUUCGGUGAUUUGCAAGUAUGUUUUUCUAGUCAUUUUUUGUCAUUUAAAGUAAUUAAAGGUAUGCAUUUUGCUAACAUAUAACAGUACGUUUUCCCUUAUAAAUCAGAUGACCAAAGACUACAAACAUGUAAAAGUGUGUAGGGCUGUGCUGAACAUUUGACAGAGUUGUUUGUUUAUUAUACAUAUUAAAGAUAUUUAUUUAUAUGCCGUAAUUUUACUGAAAUGAACUUUGUAAAAUGUAUUUAUUUUAUUAGACGUUUGGUACUUAUAAAUUUGUAUUGUUUUGUUUAUUAGCUAACGUUAUGUAUCGUGUAGAAAUGUUUAUAGAAACAAAGUGAAAUGUGCCUUGAUUUUCAGGUGCCAUAUUUGUCUAAACUUUAAAUCUAAAAAUGUAUUUUUAAAUUGCAGUAGUAAUAAACGUUA